CAUGGAACGUGUGGGCUCGGUGCCACAGACGCUUGAUGACAACGGACGAAGAGGAACGACUGGCGUCCAGCGGACAAAUUCUGGACGACCGAUGGUGGUGGCGGAGGCAAUCUUGAGGACCUCCAGCAGCAUGGACAGUAUUUUGGGACUGUGUGUGUGAAGCCCCCUGAUACUUUUGAAAUAAAAUAAAAAAACUUUAACUUUAAACCUGCAAGUUGACAUACACUACAUGGCCAAAAGUAUGUGGACAUCUGCUCGUCGAACAUCUCAUUCCAAAAUCAUGGGUAUUAAUAUAGAGUUGACCCCCCCCCCCCCCCCCCCCCCCCCCCAUUGCUGUUAAAACAGCCUCCACUCUUCUGGGAAGGUUUUCCACUAGAUGUUGGAACAUUGGUGCAGGGGACUUGCUUCCAUUCAGCCAAAAGAGCAUUAGUGAGGUCUGGCACUGAUGUUGGGCGAUUAGGCCUGGCUCGCAGUCAGCGUUCCAAUUCAUCCCAAAGGUGUUCGAUGGGGUUGAGGUCAGGGCUCUGUACAGGCCAGUCAAGUUCUUCCACACCUAUCUCGACAAACCAUUUCUGUAUUGACCUCGCUUUGUGCAUGGGGGCAUUGUCAUGUUGAAACAGGAAAGGGCCUUCUCCAAACUGUUGCCACAAAGUUGGAAGCACAGAAUCGUCUAGAAUGUCACUGUAUGCUGUAGUGUUAAGAUUUCCCUUCAUUGGAACUAAGGGGCCUAGCCCGAACCAUGAAAAACAGCCCCAGACCAAUAUUCCUCCACCACCAAAUUUUACAGUUGGCACUAUGCAUUGGGGCAGGUAGCGUUCUCCUAGACGUUUCCACUUCACAAUAGAAGCACUUACAGUUGACCAGGGCAGCUCUAGCGGGGCAGAAAUUUGACGAACUGACUUGCUGGAAAGGUGGCAUCCUAUGACGGUGCCACGUUGAAUGUCACUGAGCUCUUCAAUAAGGCCAUUAUACUGCCAAUGUUUGUCUAUGGAAAUUGCAUGGCUGUGUGCUCGAUUUUAUACACCUGUCAGCAACGAGUGUGGCCGAAAUAGCCGAAUCCACUAAUUUGAAGGGGUGUCGUUUGUAUAUAUAGUGUACUUUUGGCCAUGUAGUGUACCUAAGUGGAUGAAUUCAAUAGUGCAUUUAAAUAUAAUUAAACGUGUUGUUUUUUAGGAACAAAUGUGUCCCCAUGGUAGUUGAAUUUAAUCAACUUGUAUGUCCUCUUUUAUUGACCUGCAAACUCUUCCUGAUAUUGACCCUGUCGCCCCACAUGACUCCUUUCACGACCACAACGCUUCUACAAUCUUGCCCUUAAUACAGGAUGACGUCAUUUGAAAUUCUUUAAACCGAUGUCGCAAGGAAUGUUGGAGCUUGUGCAGUCUGUCACAGUGAGUGUUCUUGUGUGUUGUGUUUCGGUGCUAUUCGUUAUCAACAUGACCCUCCACGUGUUGUGUGUUGACACAGGCAGAGUUAAGGACAGCCAAUGAUAAGAAGGACCCAUCCCUUUAUAAGCACGGUCUUGAUGAAGAGUCAUUCUGCCAAACCUAGUACACAGGUAAGGACAGGCCACUCUCUCACUUAUUGAUCUUCAGCUACUUCUAUUGUUUUUUGGUCUAUUUAGUCUGAAGAUUCCUGUUAAAAAAUCCUAAUUCAUUUUUCCAUUUCUCCUCAGUGAAAAAAAAACAUGCAUCUCAGAGUAGUGAUCUUCGCCUUGUCAUUUUUGACAACCACAGGUUUGUGCUUUCUCCCAUUUCCUUUUCCUUAAAAACAUCAUUGCAUCUGCUAUCGAAUAGUGUUUAUCAUAAUAUAGAGCAGAUGCAAUAAUGUUUUAAAGAGAAUAAUAGCAUUUAAAAUGAGUUAAUGUAUCAAUGGUGUUAACUUCUCCUAUCUCCUACUGUAGCAAACCCACUCCACCGUACCAGCAGAGAAACAUCACAGGCCCUACAGGACAUAAUGACCAAUCAGGCUAAUGAGAAGACAGACCUCAACAAGGAUGUCAAGUAUGUCUUCAUACAAUAUAUGCCAUAAACAAUUGAAUCAUGAAUCAUAAAUGCAUGUAUACAGGUGAGCCUUAUAACAGCCUCAAAACAGUCCCGUAACAGUCUCAUAACAGGCUUAUAACAAUCUUUUAACAGCUUUAUAACAGUAUUAUAACAGUAUUUUAACAAUCCUAUAACAGUAUUUUAACAGCCCUAUACCAGUCCUAUAACAGCCUUUAACAGUCUCAUAACAGUCUUAUAACAAUGUUUUAACUGAUCCUGUAUGUUAACAGUGGGAUGUGGAAGAGCCAUGUGGAGAACAGCAACCUGUACACCCAGGACAGCCCCAACCCCAUGGUGAUUGAGAUCAGGCACAAGCUUACCCUGGAGUCCGAGAGGCUGCGCUCCCGCCUUCACCAGGAGCUCACUAAGCUGAGGGAGAGGCUCGCCCCGUACCCUGCCCACCCCCAGUCCAGCAAGUCCACCCUGGCCAGCAUGAGAGAUCGCCUGGCCCCCCUGACCAAGCAGCUCCAGAGGGCCGUGAACGACAACAGCCAGGAGCUGUGUAGCCACCUCAGGCUCUACUUUCAGGGAUUGGAGGCCGCGGAAAGCCAGGCGGCGGCCGGACCCACCCUAUACCUGGAGGCCGUGCAUUGGAUCAGCCAGACCUUAGACGACAGCAGUGCCAAAAUGACCUCUGUCAUCCAGGACUUCAAAACCAAGACAUCCAGCAUGAUCAGGGAGCUCAAUGGGACCAUCCAGGGGGACUUCUGGCAGGAGGUGAACGUCCGGCUGGGACAGGAGGUGCAGGCGUUGAGUCUGGAGGUCCAGGGCAGGGUGGGGGUGCUGAAAGCAAAGCUGGCCCGUCUCCUGCUGGCUCCACACCCCCUCAGGGCUGAGGUGUCCACCAGCAUGGAGCAGUUCUGCCAGAGCGCCGCCUUACAGGACCAGUUGUUCAAUGCCCGAAUAGAGAAGCACCUUCUGGGGCAGGAGUCACAGGCUCAGAGCCCCAGCGAGUCGCUUUCUCUGCAACCUCUGGGCUUAUUGGAGGAGGACUUCUCUGCGAAACUAAGCGCUCUCCUCCAGGACAUUCUGCACACUGUCCAGUAAAAGCAGAACAAAACUCUCCUCAUAGCAAAAUGAGAGAGAGAAAGAACAUGGUGUCCCAUUAUAGGGUACAUUUAAGAUAUAUCAUUGUAUCUGCUCCUCAUGCUUAUAUAUAUAUAUAUAUAUAUAU